UUAAUAACAGCGCUCAGAUAUAAGGAAUAGACAAAGUAAAUUUGUGCAGGAGAUUAACUAACAAAAGAGGAGGGGCCUUAAGAACAUCAAUGGCGUGCACACAUUUGACUCAGCAAUGCGCCCAACAACUCCGCCGUACUCCAGAGGAACUUCAUUUUUUUUUUCCCUCACUCAUCCAAGUACGAACAGUGAAUAAGCAUAGCGUCAUCUACUAAUCCCCUUGCUGUUGGAACAGGUGCAAGACCUCAUAGGCCUAACUUAAAACACCAUCCCCUCCAACUCCAUUUUAAAAGCUGCACCCACCGCUAUCACAUCUCCUUUAAAUCCCAUAGUCUCCCAUGCCUUCCCUCACAAGUCUCCCACUGGAUUCCAAGCAAGAAGGCAUGGAAUUUCUCGCCUCCCUCAUCCUCUCAUCUCUCCUCCUCUCACCACCAGCACAAGCCACCACUCCAUCAGGAACAAUUCAGAGGACCACAAAGCAGCAGAUCCUCGCGAGCAUCCCUCCCGGCACACACGAAAACACGGUUCCCUUCAUUACCUCCCCCUCUGGCAAGUACACCGCGUACCUCCUCCGCCGGGAAACCGCCCCCGACGCCGGAGGCUUCGGCAACGACUUCUGCUACAUCCAGGUCCAGGACACGAGCACGGAGCAGAGCAUGUGGGAGUCGGAGUGCGCCCCUGUGAGCACUGCCAACACGUGCGCCGUCGUCUUCUCCGACAACGGGCUGGAGGUGUUCGACGGGAGCAACUCGGCCUGGGCCACGGAGCACGCAGAGUCAGCCGAUGAGAAUUUCUUGGAGACCCUGGAACUGGUGGACGAGGGUGACCUGUGGAUCCGAGACAAGACGGGAGAGCUGGCAUGGAAAGCGAGCGAGGACCCACGCGCAAACCAGGGCUGCGGGCUGCCCGGGUCGCCCGGGCUGGCGCCGGCGAGGCCUCCGUUUGCCGCUCCAGUUGGUGGUGAUGACAACCUUCCGUUUGGGCAGCAGUCACAGGGUGGCCAGCAGCAGCUGCCGCAGCCGAGCACUCUUUCCACUCGGCAGGCGGAGCCCUCGGCCGGGGUGAGCCAGGCGUUCGGGUUCGGCGGCAGCAAUCCACUGGGGGACAACAUUCCUUAUGACAGUGGAAGCUCAAGAGGUUUCCAGUACUGGCUUGGGACGGCAGUGGCUCUCCACCUUGCUCAUCUGGCUUAUGGAAUUUUCUGAAAUGGUGUCAUAUAUGGUUGAAAGUGUCCAGAUUCCAGAAGCUGCCUUCAUAUCGUUUCUCUUAUUUGUAGUGUCUCUGUUUCCUAAUUAAGCAAAUGAUCAAAGUUGUGUGUCAAGUAAUACCAAUAUUAUUCUAAACGGUUCCCUACUCUUA